GUAGUUGUGUUUUUUUAUUUUAGUCAACCGAAUAUAACGACGUAACACUAGUCUGAAGUUUUUUGCACAUCUACACGAUAAUUAAGGCUCCGGUUCGUUUGUGGGCAGGGAGGAAAGAGGAUGUUUACGUCCCAAACCUCGUCUUUUCAGGAUUCCAUCGACGUGGAGGACAGAGAUGACUUUGACAACGAAGAUAUUUCUGGAUACAGCCAGAAAAUUCAGCUCAGCUGCUACUACACGAUCUAUCUUUAUCAGGGCACAAGAUCUGACGCUACUGGGGAAAGUGUGGCCUGGAACCAGAGAAGAGCAGACUCCACAACCAGUCAGGAUGACUUUAGCCUGACCUUAGUUGACAGCAGCCUGCCGUCUGAGGCAGAACCACAGCUGCGGACGUACAUUUCAAGGAGGCUCAGCAAAGGAGCUUUGCUUGGGGGCAUGGGCAACAUUGCCACGGUAGACCUCAGUAUCCCCGAACAGGCUAUUGGAUGCUACUGCUGUCUGCUGGAACAGGAACGCUCUCCCGACCAGCCUGAUGUUGAUGGCAAUGGAUAUGUCAUCUGCUUUAUGGGGGGCUCUGAAAAAGGACUCAACUUAUUUCGAUUAGAGCUUGACAAAUAUGUGCAAGGACUAAACAGCAGUCUGCAGACUCCGGAGCUGCUGAACCUUGUGACGGAGGUGCGUCCAUAUUUGAGCCGGUGGUACGAUGAGUGCGUCAUGCACAUUUAUCGGGUGGUGCAGCUGGUCCAGAGCAACAUUAGCUUUCUGCUGCAUGCUGCUCUGAGUCACAUGCACGUGGAGGUGAUCAAUUCAGAUGAGAAGACGAAGGCUGAUGUGUCCAGGUUCAUCAAAGCAGCAAGCUUGCAGGGCCUGUCCCAGCAAGACACCACCACAGCGUCUCUGUGUAAGGCAGUGUCAGAAGACAUACAGUCGGACCUGAUUGUAGACUGCUCCACCAGCCCACCCACAUUGUCCAAGACCAUCAGCAAUCGGUUCUGUGACAAGUGGAUUCAGGCAUUUCUAAAUGCCGCAGAGCGCUGUAAUCCAUUCCUGCUCAGACAAAUUUUGGAGAACUUCAAACUUAAGGCCAUCCAGGACAUGAACAGCCUGAAGCGCUUUGUGCGGCAGGCAGAAAUGAGUCAUUAUGCGCUCUUCCGCUGCUGCCAGUUUCUGAAGAGCUGCGGAAACGGGGACGUGUUGCUGCAGAAUGCCAGAGCGGAGCACAGCGAGCUGCCUGAAGCCUGCAGCAUCAUCAGAGUGCUGGAGGAGUUCCUGGAGGAACAGACCCAGGCCUGAUGGGCAGAUAACAAAACAUUCUUCUGAGCAAAACAUUAAAUAUCUUUCUACCUUCAGUUUCAGCUCACCAGAGUGAAAAUAG